GGUCAUAAUAUCCCCAGUCGGUGUGGCUUCAACAGAUGUUCACUGAACACCCACUGCGGCCAGGCCCGGGUACCAGGGUGAGAAGAGUCGAGUAUCUGCCUCCGUGGAGCUUCCCGCGUCGGGCAGGCAGAUGGCCGCGGAGCCCAGUGCCUGCCGAGGCUCGUGGGCGCCGUCCCCGGUCCCUGAAAGGAGGAGGGAUGCGCGGGGUGGGGUAAGGUCGCGAGAAGAGGCCAGGUGGGCAGGCGGGAAUUUCGCGGGGUUCAGAAAUCUGGGCCCGCUCUUUUCACCGGCGUCUUUGCGCUGUCUAAUCAGCGGGGCUCUUCUGUGUUUGCUCCACCCACUUCUCUCCCCAUCCAAUCAUCAGAGCUGUCCCAGCGAUCGCCCCUCCCGCAUCUCUCUACUGUCCAAUCGGCAUGGUUCUCCUAGUAGUCACCCCGCCCACCUUUCUCAGCCCUCCAAUCCAGCGCUCUGCGCCGUGGGCAGUGGACGGCUGGGGGUGGGGCUGUCUCUUGAGAAGGUUGAAGGCGCAGUUUGCUCGAGGCGAUCGCGGGCCGGCGCGCCCACGUGGUCUGGGUGCUGGCGGCGGGAAGCUCCGGCUCCGCCGGUUCUGCCCGAGUCCCCCCUCUCUGGGUGGCCGUCUGCGGGGUCCGUCGGCGCCCGGCCGCUCCCUGUCCCCGGCCCGCGGAGAGCCUUCCCGGUGGGGCCGCCGGGAGCGGGGCUAGAGGCCGUGUCGUUCGGGCAGGAGAGGCUGGCCUCGGAGACGAGCCUGAGCGCGGAGCAGGUCUACAACUGGUUCGCCAAUUACCGGCGGCGCCAGCGGGCCCUUCUCCAGCGCGCGGAGCCAGCCCCGGACGCGGCCGCAGACGCCGGCGCGGGGGCGAGGGGCCCGGUCGCCCCGCGGCCGUCAAGUUGCCCCGACCUGGGUUCCGGACGUGGGGACCGGCCUCUGUGGUCAGGAGGACGCGAAGAAAAUGGGCCUGUACAGUCCCCGGAGACCACCCAAGAGCCAUGGGAGCCGCUGGCCCUGUCCCUGGACUUUUCUGGAGAUGAGACUAUGCCAAAGCCACUGGCUUCCAGGUCUCUGCAGGGUGCUGAAAUAUACCAGGAGGGGCCUGGCCACGGUCCUGCCAGUCUCCCCACCGUCUGCCCUGGCUCUGGCCUCUGCCCUCUGGCUGCCAGCAGUGACAUGCUGGACCCCUCGCUGGCUGCCCCUGAGUCAUGGCUGAUGUCCCUUGCACUGGCGUCCUCCAAAGAAGUUUCCUUCCAGACUGGGCAGCUGGUCCACGGUCACGGGCUGGACUUCAUGAUGCGCCCCGCAGAUGCUGCCGUGUCUGUGUCCAUCGCUGCCCUCAGUGAGCCCAGCCCCACAGGAUUUGCGGCCCCGCCCAGUGGCAAUCCCCAGAGCACGUACCUGGAGGAGUGUCCAGGCACGAGUGGUGGCCAAGCAGAACGACAGGAGGGCAGCUUCCUGGUGACACAGCCACCGCCACCGGCUCCUGAAUUCAUCCUCACCCAGAGCCCCCCAGAGCUGACACCGGCCCCGUCCACCUUCCUUGGCCCUGUGUCCGCCAUGGAGCUGAGCCAGCCCCUGCCCUCCAGCCAGGUGCAGUGGCCCGAUGGCCAGGCCUCCAGCGAUGCCUUCUGGGGAGCCAGGGUACUACUUGAGCUCUCGGGGGGCAGCCUGGGCUGAGCUGCCCCUCGGGAGCCCAGCCACUGCCCCAGGGGAGCAGGUGUAACAUCCAGCCGUUCAACACAAGUUAGAGAGUUUUAUCCAGACUGAAAAAAGGAGGUCCCCCAGAGUUCCCUUGGGGUUCUGCUGAGAAGCACUGAGGGCUGUGUAGCCCCUUGCCAUGUUCGAAUAGUUUGGUUGUCAGCGGAAGCAUUUGAGAAAUGUUCAUGAGAUGAGGAGUGAACGGUGGGUCUGCUCCCCUCAGGCCGCGCAGAUCACAGGGUCCAGCUCCUGGGCAGGUUCUGAGCAGUGGGGCCUUUCUAGAGAGAGGAAGAUGUGCCGCUGCUGGCCGCCUCCCCCUGUCCUGUGACAGGCUAAACUCCCCCAAGUUAACUUGGCGAGUGAGGCCUGGGCAGCGUUCUGACAUUUCUGUGUCUGGGGAGCUUCUACCAAGAGGCGGAAGUGGCUGCAGAUGGGCCAGGCGGGGUGGGCCAGGGUGCACUUCCCUCACAUUGUCAUCCAUUUUGUUUGCCAGACAAAUGUUGUAUUCAAUUAAAGUUAUAUGUUCUGAUCUCC